AUGUUCGGAGACGUUAAUAUAUCAGCCAUUUUGGAUUCGUUUAGUAUAAGUUACGACAAAAGAGUAAGGCCCAACUAUGGAGGACCACCCGUGGAAGUGGGGGUUACCAUGUACGUGCUCUCCAUCAGCUCUCUGUCUGAAGUGAAAAUGGAUUUCACGCUGGAUUUUUACUUCAGACAGUUUUGGACGGAUCCCCGAUUAGCAUACAAAAAAAGAACCGGAGUGGAAACGUUAUCGGUUGGCUCUGAAUUUAUUAAAAAUAUAUGGGUGCCUGAUACUUUCUUCGUAAACGAAAAGCAAUCCUAUUUUCACAUAGCAACUACUAGCAACGAAUUCAUACGUAUACACUAUUCGGGUUCCAUUACGAGAAGCAUCAGAUUAACAAUCACUGCAUCUUGCCCUAUGAAUCUUCAAUAUUUCCCAAUGGAUCGACAACUUUGCCACAUAGAAAUCGAGAGUUUCGGCUACACCAUGCGGGACAUCCGAUACAAAUGGAACGAGGGGCCUAACUCUGUCGGUGUGUCGAGCGAGGUGUCGCUGCCGCAGUUCAAAGUGCUGGGUCACCGCCAGCGGGCCAUGGAGAUAUCCCUUACCACAGGAAACUAUUCAAGGUUGGCAUGUGAAAUACAAUUUGUUCGGUCCAUGGGAUACUAUCUCAUCCAAAUUUACAUACCAUCUGGUUUGAUUGUAAUUAUAUCAUGGGUAUCAUUCUGGUUGAAUCGUAAUGCAACUCCCGCCCGCGUUGCUCUUGGGGUCACCACUGUGUUGACCAUGACUACACUGAUGUCAUCAACUAAUGCUGCCUUACCCAAGAUUUCUUAUGUCAAAUCUAUUGACGUUUAUUUGGGUACCUGUUUCGUCAUGGUCUUCGCAAGUUUAUUAGAAUAUGCUACGGUGGGUUAUAUGGCUAAAAGGAUACAGAUGAGAAAACAAAGAUUUGUUGCCAUACAAAAAAUUGCUUCCGAAAAGAAAAUGCCAGUUGAUUGUCCACCAGUAGGGGAUUCACAUACUCAAUCAAAGAUGGGAACUAUAGGCCGUUGUCCUCCGGGAAGGCCUUCGGAGGUCCGAUUUAAAGUCCACGAUCCUAAAGCACAUUCUAAAGGUGGCACUUUGGAAAAUACGAUCAAUGGCGGCAGAGGAGGUGCCGAAGAAGAAAACCCAGGGCCACCUCCACAUAUCCUACAUCCAGGAAAGGACAUAAGCAAACUUUUGGGGAUGACUCCUUCGGACAUUGACAAGUAUUCGCGCAUUGUAUUCCCCGUUUGCUUCGUGUGCUUCAACUUGAUGUAUUGGAUCAUUUACCUCCACGUGUCUGACGUCGUGGCUGACGAUCUGGUUCUUCUGGAAGAGGAUAAAUAG